AUGUCCAACAUCGAGUGCGGUCGACAAGCGGCCAAGCACUUUGCCUUGGGCGAAGGUUAUAGAAACCUCAAUCACGGCUCGUACGGCACGUAUCCCACGGCGAUCCGAGACGUCCUGCGGCACUAUCAAGAAAGAAUCGAAGCUCGCCCCGAUGCCUUCACUCGCUACGAAUACCGCGAAGGCCUCCUUGACCAGAGCAGAGCCGCCAUUGCGAAGUGUGUCAACGCUCCUGGUGAUUGCAUCAUCAGCUUUUCCACAAUCUACGGCGCCUUCGCAAACACUCUGACAUACCUCUCCGAAACCACACCGGUCGGGAUAAAGCAGAUCAAUUACACUCUACCCCUUGAAGACGACCAGCUAUGCGACGCCUUCGAGGACACCAUCAAAGCCCUCAAGUCCUCUGGCAAGACCCCACGCGUUGCAAUAUUCGACACCAUCAACACCCUUCCCGGAGUGCGAAUGCCUUUCGAACGACUUAUCAAUAUCUGCAAGACCCACGACGUACUCUCCGCAGUUGACGGUGCUCACGGCGUGGGCAUGAUUCCCCCAAAUCUCGCCGCUCUCGAUCCAGACUUCUUCGCCAGCAACUGUCACAAAUGGCUCUACACCCCACGAGGAUCAGCUUUACUGUACAUGCCGAAACGAAACCAACAUCUGCUACGAGCCACAUUUCCAACGAGCUUCGCAUUUGGCAGCACGUUCGCCGCAAACUUCGCCUCGAUCGGUACCCUUGACGAGAAACCAUAUCUUACCGCCCUGGAAUGGCGCCAAAGGAUCACGCGGGAAGGCAAAAGUGGUGAGGAAGCCAUCAUGGGCUAUAUGGCUUCACUGGCGCGGCGGGGUGGCAGAGCAGUUGCGAGUCUGCUAGGAACUGAAGUCCUGGAGAACGCAGGGAACACCCUCGGCGAAUGUAGCUUGACGAAUGUCCGCCUUCCCUUGGAUUUCCACUUUUCGACCGGCGGCGACACCUCAGUGGCUGAAAAGAUAGGCCAGUGGAUGAUGCGGACCAUGAUCCUGGAUUGCGAGACCGCUGUCAAUGUCAUCGUGUAUGCGAAUGCCUGGUGGGUCAGGCUCUCUAGUCAAAUCUACUUGACCAUGGACGAUUUUGAGUAUGCUGGCCAGAUGCUGCAACAAGUCUGCCUGAGAGCUGAAAGAGGAGAUUGGAAGCAUUGA